UUUCUUCAGAAUCCAGUGCGAAUAAAGCGUGCGAGAAUACGCCAUCGCCUCGCUUGUUCUCCCCCCUUUUCUUCUCGUUUCUGAGCGACGAAUUGACGAGGCAGGUCCCCGCUCAAUCCAAUCUCCGGUUCUUCCGUCGAUUGAGCCCGGCUGCCUCUCUCCAUCGAGCUGCUAGAUUCCUUUUGUUCAUCGUCGCGGUUGUAUCCGGUUUCCGAUCGCGCUCGGAUGGAGCCUCGCGUGGCGAACAAAUUCCGCCUCGGCCGAAAGAUAGGGAGCGGGUCCUUCGGCGAGAUUUAUUUAGGAACAAAUAUCCAAACGAACGAAGAAGUUGCCAUUAAACUUGAAAAUGUUAAGACGAAGCAUCCACAGUUGAUAUAUGAAUCAAAGCUAUACAAGAUUCUACAGGGAGGAACUGGAAUUCCAAAUGUUCGAUGGUAUGGUGUUGAGGGUGACUACAAUGUUCUGGUGAUGGAUUUACUAGGACCUAGUCUUGAAGAUUUGUUCAACUUUUGUAACAGAAAAUUCUCGUUAAAGACGGUGUUAAUGCUUGCAGACCAGAUGAUAAAUAGAGUGGAGUUUGUUCAUUCAAAAUAUUUUCUACAUCGAGAUAUCAAGCCAGAUAAUUUUCUGAUGGGUCUUGGGAGACGAGCUAAUCAAGUUUAUAUUAUUGAUUUUGGACUUGCCAAGAAGUAUAGAGAUAGUUCUACUCAUCAGCAUAUUCCUUAUAGAGAGAAUAAGAACCUGACUGGAACAGCAAGGUAUGCAAGUGUUAACACACAUCUUGGCAUAGAGCAAAGCAGGAGAGAUGAUUUGGAAUCUCUUGGAUAUGUUCUUAUGUACUUCUUAAGGGGAAGUCUUCCAUGGCAAGGUCUGAAAGCUGGAACCAAGAAACAAAAGUAUGAAAAGAUUAGUGAAAGAAAAGUUGCCACAUCCAUUGAGGCUUUAUGUCGGGGUUAUCCUUCAGAGUUUGCAUCAUAUUUCCACUAUUGUCGUUCGCUACGUUUUGAUGAUAAGCCAGAUUAUGCAUACCUUAAGAGAUUGUUCAGGGACCUCUUCAUCCGAGAAGGAUUUCAGUUUGAUUAUGUUUUUGAUUGGACAAUUUUGAAGUACCAACAAUCACAGAGUGCUAAUGCUCCUUCACGAGCUAUUGGACCAGGUGUGGGACCUAGUUCUGGCUUGGCUCAUGCUACUACAAAUGAUAGACAGCCUGGUGGUGAAGAAGCAAGGACAAGUGGUUGGGCAACAUUGGACCCCACUUAUCGCCCAAGAGUUCCACCUCCAGCUGUGCAUCCUGGGAACUUGACCAAGCAGAAGGCUCCUGUUGGUCAUGAUUCACCUGCAAACAAAGAAGCUGUUUUUUCCAGUUCAACUUUUUUGGGUCAAUCAAGCGGAUCUUCAAGGCGAGCUGUUGUUUCUAGCAGCCGAGAAAUAGGCUCUGAGGCUGAUCAAUCACGAACUCGUACUACGGAGGCCAGUCCUGGGACCUUCCGUAAAAUUUCAAGUUCCCAAAGAAGCUCCCCGUUUAGUUCUGCAGAACCCAGACACUCUUCCCAGGUAAGGAACCAACCAAACUUGAAGAACUUCGAGUCCACUCUCAGAGGGAUCGAGGGCCUUAGUUUUGACGACGAGGAGCGGAUCCAGUAUUAGCCUUGCCAAGAAAGCUUCACGCCGCGGUCUCUUAUCUUUGUAAAAUUUUUAGAACACAAGGAUUGCAGCAGCCUUCACCUGAUCUGGUAUAUUACUCUGGAUAACUGGAUUUGAGAAAUUUUCUUUCACAGACAGUAGAUUGAUGGUGGGUCUGAGGAGCUGUCACUGUUUGUAAAUUUAUUUAGAAGUUGCCAUCUCUCCUCCGCUUUUAUAACUGUGUAUUGUUUGUUUAUUUCUGCUUCUGCUGUAAAAGGUUGGCUGGCUACCAGCCUUCCAGUAUUAUUGGAUAACAAACCAUUCAUCAUGGCUUCUAUUAAGUUCACUAAUUAAAUGUUCAUCAUGGCU